ACAGACCGACAGUUUGACACUGACAGACAAACUGCGUUUGCUUUUGCUCAUUGCUGUGAUUCGUGAUUCAUUUAAUUUUUGUAACAAAACAAUAUAUUGAUUCAUUAUCAAAUGCUCACAGUUUGAUUACUCUUAUUAAGCUAAUCAAUCAACUGCAUUAGGCAGCUGUUAGGUGGUGUAAGGUUUACUGUACAGUUGUAAAUAAUUGUGUAGGAUGACUCUAGCAGAAUUCUUCAGUUGUUCCCUCCUUGCGUUCGGGGCUCCGUUGGUGAUGUUCGCGCUGACGGUGGCGAACGACCCAGUGCGCAUCAUCAUCAUGAUAGCUGCAGCAUUUGGGUGGUUGCUAUCGUUUUUGGUGUCAUCAGUGGUGUGGUACGCAGUGGUACCGUUACGGUCGUAUUUAGCCUUCGGAAUGGUGUUUGCCAUCAUAAUCCAGGAAGUGUUCCGGUAUGGCAUGUAUCUGUUGUUACGGAAGACAGAAGCAGGACUGAAAGAGAUAUCAGAGAACCACAACAUUGGUAGCAACAAGCUGGAGAUGGCUUAUGUAUCUGGUCUGGGAUUCGGAACCAUGAGCGGCGCCUUUGCUCUUAUCAAUGUAUUAGCUGAUUCGGUGGGGCCGGGCACUUUAGGUCUCUACAAUGGAACUGAGUACUUCUUCGUGACGAGUGCAGCAAUGACCCUCUGCAUGAUACUGCUCAACACAUUCUGGAGUGUCAUAUUCUUCAGCGGAUUUGAUGACAAAAACUACAUCAAAGUCGGAUGGGUCAUAGUAUCACAUUUCUUUGUGUCUGGACUCAGUUUAUUGAAUACCAAAGAGAUGUACGCAGCAACAAUCUUGCCCUCAUACAUUGUCCUAGGUAUCACAGCAUACAUUGCCUUCAGGACAGCAGGCGGAUCAACCAGGAGUCUAAUCCAAAGCAUCUCGUCCAGGUCAUAGAAUUAAUAAUUGUUGAUUCAGAAUUAAUCUCGAAGAAUUUAAAAGAAUUUGCGCUAGAUAAAAUUAACGCAAUACAGGGUUUGUUUUCAUUGACAAAUGCAUUUAGAAUUCAGUUUUUUGGCUUGUUAAGCGCAAAGAAAACAGAAUAUUACAAGCAAAUUAUUGACGGUUUAGAAUGCCUAGCUAACUUGUUGUUCCUGACCUCAGUUCGCAGUAAUUAGCAAGAAUAUUAUUUUCUAGUUAGGUGAAAUUGUGUCCAGUUCUGUAGUAUAGCUAGAAAUAUUAGAAAUUCAGUUUAAUUAAGGCUUGUUUGCUCUAACAAAAAGCUAGUUCAGACAAUUACAUUAAAUCCUGAAAUUGACAAGUGUAUUAGAAUGCGAAUAUCAGCAAUCGUAGCCCUGACAAUCGAAACUUCACAUCUUUCCGAGCAUGUGGCUAGAAAGAUAUGACUUGAGAUUAUCAAUAGAUCAUAGAAGAAAAUAUGUUACAGUUUUGUCACUGAAAUAUCUUCAUCUUCUUUUAGAUCAGCUACUUCAUGUUUUUUUUAUAUUGCUGACUAUUGAUUUAUAGUAAACAAGUCACAAAUGAAUUGUUAGGUGUCCCUCUCAGCUGUUCCAUCUCGUAGAGCUUCAACAUAGUACGUAAAAUAAUAGUUUUAGCCUUCAAGCUUCACCAGUACUGUGUGACAAAUAAAAUUGACACUUUUACAGUGUCUUCAAAAAUAUUGUCACAGCAACCGUUAGAAAUUGUAUUAAGAUUUAUUUAUUUAGUUGCCCAAAAUCUUAGUUUAAAAUUGUUAUAUCGAGUGGGCAACCUAGGCCCCGAUAUUCCAUUGUGUUCGGAUUUGUAUAUCCUUCUAAUGAUUAGCUGGUAAGGAAAUUUACUGGGUAAAAGAGUACCUAUGUAUCUAAUCAAGAUGUAACUUAUGGACUGACAUCUUAGCAAUUCUAUUAUUAGGCAGAAGUUUACCAUCAACAUAAACAUCAAUUUUCUUAAAAUAAUUCACGUUCAAGAUUCAAAGAAACUAUUCAAAUUCAAAUUAUGUAGGUAGUUGUUUUAAGAAAACUGAUGGUUACGUUGUCGGGAAAUGUGGGCCUUAGUAUUGAUACACUCAGGAAGCCUACCACCGUUAUCUACCCGUGUCAGAUAAGAAAUCUUGCCCCAUCACAAUGUUAUGGUAACCUGUUCUUUUUACUGGAUCUCAAAUAGCUUUGAAAAGUCUUCAAAGAGGCAUGUAAAAUAAUUUGAACUGUAUAAAACUCUAGGAUUUUUUUAUCCCAUUAGAAUAUUUGUAAUCACAAAAGCAGAAUAGCUGUCUAAAAGUGAGUAAACUAUCAUCUGAUAAAUAUAGAUUCACAGCCUAUUUAUUAUAAUAGAAAAGGGGCUGACUCAUAACGUGAAAUUAACUAAUUCAGUUAUUUUUAACGUGCGUUAAAUAUGGCCCUAGGUAUUAUCCACACUAAUAUUGUAUCAUAGCUGUAUCCAGUUCUACCCCAUAGAUUGAAAAGGUUCCUCGAUAAGAGUUGAUAAAUUAGAAUGUAUAAAUAUCAUCAGCUACAGUGAUUCACACACAGCACCGCACACCGAGAUAAGGCGUGAAAUCGGAUCUCAAGUUGUAUUCUAUAUAAAGUCAGCUCAACCCUUUUACUUGCAUACCGCACGACCGCGCGGUUGCGCUGUUUUCUUUAGUUUUCCGCCAAACGCUCUCCGCGGCGGUGAGCGGUGCCGUGUCAUAAUCGCCAUAGUAUGAAUCUUCUUUGUUUCAAUGUAAUUGUUAGUAAACCACUAAAUAAAUGAUAAAGAAAAUAUAACUUGUAACAAAAGAGUAAAAAUAAAACAGAAUAUUAUUAAACUCAAUUAAAUGUACAAUAACAACAAUAAUUUCAAAUUACAAUUAUUUAUCUAUUAAUAAGUGAGAACAAUCAUUCCUUAGUGUACUAAUAAAUUGGACGGAUAAUUUGUUACAAUAACUAACUGUUAUAGCACAGUAUUUAAUAGUAAAAAAAUAAAAAGUUUUUUACAAAUAAAAUUAUGACAAAACUUG